GGUGAAAGAUGUAGAGGUUGCCGUUUUGAUAAAUGUUUAAUUGAAGGAAUGGAUCCUUUAAUGAUUAAAUUCGAUGAUAAAAAUUGCCGUAAUGAGUUUAUUGAAAAGUUAGAAAAACAUCGAUAUAAAUUGCAACAAACAAGAGCUUUAGAUUUAUAUCAUCAAGAAGAUGAUCAAAAAAUUAUUUGUGAUAAAAUAAAUAAAAAUAUCAAUGAAUAUAAACAGUCGACAAGUAAUUUAGAUAUUGGUAUAAAUAAUAAAUUAUACUUCAAUGAAACAGCAAUUGGUAUAAUUUUCUUAAAAACAAAUUGUUGCGUGGAAAUCGGGCAUAAAUGA